UAGAAUCCACUGUUUUCACAACAUAGGAUUUUCUGUGCAAAAUGGCAAAAAUAAAGGAGUUACUCAACAGCCUCUAUUACUGUCAUAUCUCUCUCGAUUUUUUAUGACUCAUCAUUGAUAUAGAUAUAUGAAUUAAGAGCACAUCCAUUGUAUCAUUGUCUUCUGAAAAGAAAAAUACCUAUAAGUCGAGUUCUACUUGACUGGUCUUGAUAAAUUUUUCUUAUUUUAUGGUCUAAUAAUAGUAAUUCACAUUUGAAAAAAAAGUAUUCCAUCUGUUGUGUCUUCUCAAAAAUCAUUGUAGCAAUGUCAAAUAUCUAGCUCUUAACGUCAACGGUCCGAACGAAAACGAUUUUUUUUUAAAUUUUAUUACGAUUUUUUUAAAACUAAUUUUGCAACUAGAGUUGUAGAACAUUUCAAGAGCUUUCAGAAUAUGUCUUUAGUUUUAGCUUUAGAAGAAGUUUUAUGAACGAAAAGCUAUUGAUGAAAGGCGUUCAGGCACUUUUCAUUUCUGUCUAGAGCAAUAUUGAAAUCAUUGACAUUUCUUUAGAAGAAAUCUCAUUAAAACAAGUUUAAUUCACAAUCAAAGAACAUUAAAGAAAAGUGAUAUUCAUGCUGAACAUCAAGCGACUUUUUUAAUUUAAUUAUUGCUAAAACACAAUAAAAACUGAACGAUUUGCCACAAAAAAAUUAUCCCUUUUUUUCAACUUAUACACUAGAGUAAGAUUUCAAAAAAAUCAAGCAAAAAUCUUUCUCCGUUCGAAAAAUGAUAUCGUUUUGUUAACAAAGUGCGGAGCGACAUUUUUUAAAAAUAAUUCUACACUAUGUCUGAGUGAAAUGCAAAUAAGCGAUAUGUAUGCCGGUUCACAUGUCGACACAAGGAAGUGUUGAGAGAAUAUUGUUUUAAAACAUAUUCGACAUAGUUCUAUCUAAUAAGACGCCUAGUUUUUUCGUAUUAUUAAAUUUAUUUUUAUCAAUUUUUUUUCUUUAACGAUACAAUGACUGUGUUCUUGACUCAUAUAUAUAUAUAUAUUUAUCGAUGACUUGUGGAUGGGAGUCGGUUUCUGUUGGCGAUCGUGCUAUUGCUGCUAGAAACCGUGCAGUUAUGUCGGUGGUUUGGUUUUCUAAAUUUUAUUGAUUCUUUUGUUUUGGUUGUAUUAAAUAUUUAUGAUGAAUUACAUCACAAUAGUGAUAGCAUAGCUUGAAGUCUUCUCUUGAACAUAUAUCAUUAAUCAGAGCUUGAAGAAAGAAUACCAAAAUGAGAAAAUAUUGAGAAGCUUAUCUAUAGAAAUAGAAAAAUGUUGAAUAUUUAGUAAAAUAUCUGAAUUGGCAUUAAUUUGGCUUAUUUCAUACCAAUAUAUGGAACAUUAUCCGAUAUGAUUUCUUUUUUUAUAUUCGUUUACCUACAAUUUUUCUUUGCGUAUUAUCCUGUUCUCUCAUUGAUCACUAAUUAUAAGUUUGAUCUAAAUUAUAAUGACAUUCUAAAGAACUCGAAAAUCUUUGUGGACAUAUUACAUGAAGACCAGAUUCUAGUCUUCCGGCUUUUUGUAAUCCCUCAGAAUCUGUUAUUUUUAUUUUCUUUUACUUACAUCUUUAUAGAUCAAUUCACCAAAACAGCAGGUAUUGAACAUACCGUCGCCGUUAGUACCUCUUGAUCAAGAUCAAAUAACUGAUAUUACUAGUAGUAUUGAUAAAACAAAAUAUUUAGUUCAUGAUAAUAUUCAUAUUCAAUUCUUCAAAAAUCCAAAAUUUGGUCUGUAUCUAAUUGAAUAUUUACGAAAAAAAUCAUCUGCUGUAGAAAUUAAAAUUCAACAAGUGCCAUCUAUAAAUAAUGAAUUACCUUCAUCGUUCAACUACACAUUAUAUUUAUCAGAACCAAACCAAGAGAUUGAAUCUACUUACGAUGAAAUCAAUAGAUUAUUUCAAAGUGUAAAAAUAAAAACAUAUAAAUCGACCCGAGGUAAGAACUUGUCUCUGUUAGAUUAUAAUCGUCCUUACAUGGUUUAA